GAGACUCGAGCAUCAUCUCGAAAGGCAUCUCAACUUCUGAUCAUCUGUAAACCAUUAACGAAACCAAGGGGGGUGAAACCCAGCAAAUGUUGAAUGCUACAAUCUUAUGUAAAAAUGGAAAUCUGAUCACUUUGCUUGAGAACUGCCAAUCAUUGUGCGAGUUCAAACGAAUGCAUUCCAUCAUGAUCACGUUUGGGUUUCCUCUAACCCAAGAAGAUGCAUUCGCAUCAAGAUUUCUCUCUUUUGCAGCCACUUCCUCCAACAACAUGGAUUAUGCUUAUGCAAUUUUUCUUCAGCUUCCAAACCCAACUAUCUUCAACUGGAACACCGUCAUUAGGGGUUACUCCAAAGGCAGAAAUCCGAACAAAUCGAUGUCUGUUUUCGUUGACAUGUUGCGGAUGGGUGUAACCCCAGACCAUCUAACUUACCCGUUUCUAGCGAAGGCGGCGUCACAUGUGCGGGACGUCCGGCUUGGAUUAUCGAUUCACGGGCGUGUUGUGAGAGAUGGGUAUGAGGCUGAUAGGUUCGUUAAGAAUUCUUUGAUUCAUUUUGCUGGCUCUUUCAAGGAUGUAUGGUAUGCACGCAAACUGUUCGAUGAAAUGCCUAACAGGAACUUGGUGUCAUGGAACUCGAUGUUGGAUUGUUAUGUGAAGUGCAAGGAAGUAUUAUUGGCACGAGAAGUGUUUGAUUCAAUGCCAGACCGUGAUGUUGUGUCAUGGAGCUCUAUGAUUGACGGGUACGUCAAGUGUAGUGAGCAUAGUGAAGCACUGGCGAUUUUUCAAAAGAUGCAGGGAUCGAGCAUCAACGCCAAUGAGGUGACCAUGGUCAGUGUAUUAGGUGCUUGCGCUCAUCUAGGUGCACUUGAUCAAGGGAUCAUGAUGCAUCGUUACAUCAUCGACAAAAAGAUUUCUUUAACUUUAGCAUUAAGAACAUCCCUUGUGGACAUGUAUGCCAAAUGUGGAGCAAUAGAGGCUGCACUAGCCGUGUUCCAUGGAGUUCCGCGAAAGCAAACCGACGUUUUAAUCUGGAACGCUGUGAUUGGAGGGCUUGCAACACACGGGUUUGUUCAUGAAUCACUUGAAAUGUUUACAGAAAUGCAGAAAACUGGAAUCACACCAGAUGAGAUCACAUACUUAUGCAUUCUGAGUGCUUGUGCUCAUGGCGGCUUAGUCAACGAAGCUUGGCACUAUUUCAAGAUUCUUACUCGAAACGGUUUGAACCCAAAAACCGAACAUUAUGCGUGCAUGAUGGAUGCAUUGGCACGAGCAGGACAACUUACAGAAGCGUACACAUUCUUGACUCAAAUGCCUAUGGAACCAACGGCUUCCAUGUUAGGGGCAUUGUUGAAUGGAUGCAUUAACCAUAGGAAUCUUGAUCUUGCUGAAAUAGUCGGAAAGAAACUUGUUGAAUUAGAACCGGAUCAUGAUGGUAGAUAUGUUGGUUUAUCAAACGUUUAUGCGGUUAUUAACCGGUGGGACGAAGCUAGAAGAAUGAGGGAAGCAAUGGAGAAGAGAGGGGUGAAGAAAUCACCAGGAUGGAGCUUUGUGGAGAUACUUGGAUUCACUCACAGGUUCAUAGCUCAUGAUAAAACUCAUCCCCAAUCCGAACAAAUUUAUAAUAUGUUGAAUUUUGUAGUAAAGCAAUUGAGUGAUUCAGAUUCUGAAAUUUUACAGGAUUGCAUCUUUGAUAUUGUAGAUAUUUAAGUUGCAUAUUCUUUGAUUGCAGGGAACUUGCUUAUGAAAAUUGUUAACUAAUUCAUGGUUAUAAGUAUGGUGCUUAUGACAUAGAUUUAAGUGUGUAUAGAUUUAGAUAAUAAGUUAUUGUUUGUUUUUUUUGUGUUGGAUAAACUGUAUGAAUAGCAUAAAUGAUCAUUUUACCCUUCUAGAUUGUGCAUCGAAUUAAAAUGAUUGAUGAAAACUCCAUAAUUCACCAAUCUUGUCUCAACUCUGAUGGUUUUUGUUCAACAUGCUUUGAUGUUUUGUCCCACUUGGUCAUAGUCUAAUGUCGUACCAAGAAUAGAACAAAACGUUUUUGUUUUAUCCCAUCAUGUCCAGGGGCGGACCUGUAUGGGAGCAUACGGUGGCACGUGCCACCGUAUUAUUUCGCCUCCGAAGGGUAAAAUUUUUAGGUUUGUUAACGGUGCUACCGUAUCGUUUCGGAAGGUGCUACCGUAUUUUUUAUAAAAUUCAAAGAAUGGUGCUACCAUAUCAUCAUGAAGGUGGUGAGAAGAAGCAAGAAGACACCGGAAAACCAGAGGAUGCGGCGGCGGUGAUGGAGAUGAGGAAGAGAACCCCAAUUCUACCCCACAACCAAGUUUGAAUCAUGUUAGUGUCAUUUUCUUAGUCAAACGGUGGCAU